AUAGACCAGAAGAGGAAACAGACGCUGUUCCUCUCCCCACAGAGAUGGCUGGUGGUUGCCUGAGCUGCUUCUUUAAAUACAUUACUGUGCUACUUCUUGGGGUCUGCCUCCAGGAUGUGAAGGCUUCCAGUUGUCAACGUGUCAUCCAUAAAAAAGUUGGAGACACCGUAGAGUUUUCAUCAUGCUUACCAACUGAAGGGGUUACAACGGCAAGAUGGAAAUAUAAAGGAUCAAUAAUAGCAGACAAAGAUAAUGUCUCUGGAGAACAUCAGUUCAAGGGCAGAUUAGACCUAAACCCCACAAACUUUAGUUUAACACUGAGAAGACUGACUCUCAAAGACUCUGGUAAUUUCAGUUUUCUCUCAGAGGGUGUGGGUGACAGCCAAAGGGGAACAGUCUUUGUCACUCUGAAAGUUCAUGAGCCCAUAACUGUCAGAAUUGUUUCAAAUUCUACGUGGCACACCUUAAACGGAUCCUGUACAGUUUUGCUGGAGUGCCAGGCAACCUCUGACAUCAACAACAGUGACAUCACCUACACAUGGGCCGUGAGGAAUCAAACCAUAGUAGGCCCCGGACUGGAAUACACAAUCAAACCUCAGGACGAAGACACAAAAUUCUCCUGCACGAUUUCCAAUGUUGUCAGCAAGAUGUCGGCAACCGAAACAGUGAAGUGUAGCCCACAAGCAUCAGGCCAAAACUCGAUCAUUCUCCUGAGUGUGACAGGAGUCGGCUGUGUGUUGAUUAUCGUGAUAGUUGGAGUAACUGUGUGUGUUUGUCACCGCAAACAAAGACAAGAAGUUGCUGACUCAAAUGACCUCACCGUGUACGCUGAUAUCUCUGAAGUAGCGAUUGAGGAUGGGACCAUGAAGCCAUGCACACUGUAUGAAACCAUUGAUCACAGAAUCAACACAGUCACACCAGGGCCCCAGACGGUGUACGACAAGAUCCAGGUUAGUCGGAUGAGGAAAGCUUCGGUGUCGCCCUACCAAGAAAUUUCCUAGUGGAUCACAGCAUGAUGUAUUGCUAGAAUUACCUUUCAGUUAGUCUAUAUUGACGAUGUUACACUUCCGGGAUUGUUAAGGUGCCUCCUGAAAUUCCGCCGGAUGUCCCUCUUUUUAGGCUGGGUGUCUCUCGCCUUCCGCUUUCUUUGUGAUGGCAUUCUAAACUCCGGUGGAUAUGAGGACUAUGGUUAACUGCUCCUCAGAUCUCUGAAGGGUCAAUCCAGACAGCUAGCUAGACUAUCUGUCCAAUCUGAGUUUUCUGUUGCAAGACCAAAACUAAUUUUGAAUAUACACAUAUUCCACCAAAACAAGCUUCCCUAGGCUAUUUUGCAGCGGCACCAUUUUUGUGUGGCGCUUAGCACUGGCGCAGAUGAUUGUGAUUGGUUUAAAGAAAUGCCAAUAAACCAGAGCAUGUUUUCUCCCAUCCCGAAAUGCUGUGUGGACUAGCCAGAUCCUCCUCUGCAGCGCUGUGGAGGAAGGUCUGGCAACGCAAGACUACCUUUGAGUAAAAAACUUAAGUAAGCCGAUAUACUUUGCUCAAAGCUACAGUUGGGAAAGGCUACUAUGAUGAAAAAAGGCAAUGUCAUACUUUGUACAUUUUCUGUUUGGCCUUGAGAGAGUAUUGCACCUUCCCUUUAUCAUAAUGAAAAACAAAAACUUCUGUUAUAUUUUCAGCUACAUACUCCAAUUGUAUUGACAUUUUUGUAAAUUCUGUAAAUACAGAGAUUAUAUUUGUAUUUGUACUGUACUAUGCACAUUUUUUGUACAUGUCUUCCUUAGACAUGCCUAGUGUUUCAGACUGUGCAAAUGUGAUCAUAUUAAAUAACAUUUACUGUCACUCUGUAUUUUUGUAAUUAGUUUUGCAAGCAUGUAUAAGGGCAAGGGAUUUCUUGAUAGUUAUUUGAAACGGUUACAGAUUUGACAACUAUGCCAUACAUAAAUAUAGAAUGCUUUAAUCAAAAUUGUAAAUGUAGAUGUAAGAUGUUUUGUCUUAGGUUAAAGGUUAAAGUUAAACAUUACAGCUGUCAUAUACAAGUGUCAUAUUAAUGGUGAUUGUUAUUGCUAUUUUGGUGAAAAACUUUAAUAGAACCUCUUUCAAGUGUAAGUAAGUAAGUAAGUAAGUAAACUUUAUUUAUAUAGCACCUUUCACAGACAAGAAGGGUCACAAAGUGCUUUACAGAAGGAACAAAUAAAAGAAACAACAACAAAUAAAAUACAAUACAAAGCCAUAUUGCUAACUAAAUGCUUGUCUAAAAAGAUGUGUCUUUAGGUGUUUCCUAAAAGUUUCAACAGAGUCCAAGGCUCUCAGGGCUAAAGGGAGAGAGUUCCAGAGCCUUGGAGCCACCACAGAAAAUGCACGAUCACCUCUUGUUUUAAAACGUGUUCUGGGAACAGUUAAAAGGUCUUGACUUGAAGACCUCAGAGAGCGACCAGAAGUGUGUGCGUGCAAUAGAUCCUGGAUGUAAGAGGGAGCUUGGCCGUGUAAGGCUCUAUAAGUAAUGGUUAAAAUUUUAAAAUGCACUCUAAAACCAAUUGGUAGCCAGUGAAGAGCCUUAAGCACAGGAGUAAUGUGCGAUCUUCUGUUGGUAUUAGACAGAAGUCUUGCUGCUGCAUUCUGUACAACUUGCAAUUUGUCCAUGGAUGAUUUGUUUAAACAAGUGUACAGAACAUUACAAUAAUCCAAUCGAGAGGAAAUAAAAGCAUGAACAAGCA